CAGGCGGGCGGGGCCGGGCGGGGCGGGGCUCGCCGCGGCCCAGCAUGCAGCGCGGCGCCGUUUGAAUGGCGCAGGCUGCGAGCGCUGGGCCCCGGCGCUAGGGUCUGCGCGGCUGCCGCCCGGCGUGGCCCGGUCCGGUAUCAUGAGCAGCGGGGAUUUGAGAGAUUAUGGCAUCUGAAGCCCACAAUGUUAGAAAACAGAAAGUGUUGCAUAUUGAGGGUCAUUCCAUUGAUCUCCCCAGAAAAAGAAUCUCUUCUUUCACUAAAAAGAUCAUGAAGGAGGGUAAGAAAUCUCCAAAACAGUUGGCUUUAUAUGCAAACAGAAUUACAGUUGGAAAAACAGUGACCAGUCCCCCCUCUCUUUUGAAAGUAGUAUAUUGUAAAAGAAAAGUUCACUGUCAUACUCCGAAGCCUUGUUAUAGAAAGAAACAGCUCCCUAAAGUCAGGGGCUGUGACAUGGCAAAUAAAGAAAAUGAACUGGCUUGCGCAGGGAAUCUGCCAGCAAAGCUACAUAAUGACAGUCGUUCACACUUGCUAAAUUCUAGUGAUUCUGGCUCAUCCCAAACGGAAGGCGCCUCAUCCAAAUAUAGUGGAUUUUUUUCGGAGGUUUCUCAGGACCAUGAAACUAUGGCUCAAGUUCUUUUCAGUAGGAAUCUGAGGCUGAAUGUAGCUUUAACCUUUUGGAGAAGGAGAAGUAUAAGCGAACUGGUAGCCUACUUAGUGAGGAUACAGGAUCUAGGAGUAGUAGUAGACUGCCUUCCUGUGCUUACAAACAGUUUACAGGAAGAAAAACCAUAUAUUUCGGUUGGCUGCUGUGUAGAUCUUUUGCCUUUAGUGAAGUCACUGCUUAAAAGCAAAUAUGAAGAGUAUGUGAUAGUUGGUUUAAACUGGCUCCAGGCUGUCAUUAAAAGAUGGUGGUCAGAACUAUCAACACAUACAGAAAAGGCAGAGGAUGGAAAUAUUUCUGUUUUAAAACAACAAUUAAGUGGUUUAUGGGAACAGGAGAAUCAUCUUACUCUGGUUCCAGGAUAUACUGGUAAUAUAGCUAAGGAUGUAAAUGCUUAUUUAUUACAACUACACUGAUGUGACUGAGAAAUGUGUGCUUAUGUGGUGAAAUAAUUCCCUAAAAUAUCCCUGAAAUACAUACUAUUUCUGAAAGCCUUCUGAGAAAUGUUGGCAGAAGAGAACUGAACUGUCAAGCUGUUUAAUGAAACCACUAACAAAAUCCUAACAGUCUACUUCACAUUGAAGUGGAAAGAUGUCUAGUAGGAGCAGCUUUUACUUCAGUGAGGUGAAAGUGCACUAUGAAAACUGUAUGCCUUUGCUGCGUUUGGGAUUCGUUCAGUUACUAGGUAAAGUCAUUUAAAUGCUACUGUGUUUCACUGCAACAUUGUGUAAAAGAAGAUUAAUUGUGCUGUCGGGAAGACAAGAUGGCAGAAGCGGUUAUAAGGAACCAGCAAGACCAAUCAGCAUUAAAAGCUUUUAAAUGUUUCUUUCACAAGAGAACUCAAAGAUGCACAACUAUUUUUCAAUUAUGUUUAAAAAAAAAAGUUGGAAAUAUUCAAUUACUAUUGUUUUAAUCAAACUAUUAAAGACAGCUUUUGUUUGCACUAUUGAGAAACUAUACAGCAAAGAUGCCUUAAUUACUAGUGUUUCAAAAAGCCAAUGUAUUAAGAUGUAAGUAGCUAUACUGUUCACAGAUUAAGUGAUGAAAAACUGCUACAGAAUCAGGGUUUCACUUUGUAUAGAGUUGUUUAUGAAACAUUGCACAUUUACAAAGAAUCGUGUAUGAGAACUAGUAUAAAAAACCUGAACUUAAGCUUCGAUAAACAGUUAUUGCAAAUGUCAGCAGAAUGGUGAAUUUGUCUAACAAAUGUUUUUAUAUUGUAUGUGGAUUUCUAACACAGUAAUCUUCAGUUCUGUAUCAUUUAAACUACAUGCAAAUAAGUAAAUAUAUUAAAUGUAUCUACUGUUCUUUCUUUUUAAGUUCAUAAAAACAAUUUAUAGACAAUCCCUUCCAUAUUACUUUCUAUCAUAGCUAUUUAUAUCUGUUUGUGAAAUGUUUACAGCCACAUGAGGCCAUGUUUUUCAAUCUCACCCUUAUAUACUACCUCCUUUAAGAAAUUAACAAACAGCUUUUGCAAAAUUAGUUGUUUUAUCCUGAUUAAUGAUAGCAAAUUCACACUACCUUACAUCUAAAUGGAACACAACAAAAGCAUUUAAAAUACAGCUAUAAAUUCUUUUAUUGUUGUAUGCUAUUUUAAUUUAAAAGCUGUAGCUUAACUGUGAGGGAGAGUUUGGAGUUUAUAGGUUUGCUAUUGCCUUUUCUAUUUUGUGAUUAGAAAGAAUGCUUUUCCAAUUAAAAUCUAUGAAGUGCCAGCUGCUCACUCAAAACAUAAAUAUGCAUGCACAGCAUAUAUCACCAAAUAACCUACUUCCUUAAAAAGGUACUUAUAAGGGUUACUUUCAUGCCUAGCAUCGAGCAUAUGCACUUUUUUGUGGUGCUAGACAGGAGAAAAGUCUCUUGGUAGCCUCAAGCAGUUUUUGCUUGAAACAGAUGAAACUAAUGAAUUUUAAAAUCAUGUAGUGGUCAGCAGCUUUAGGCCUCCUGUUGUUUCAGUUUGAAUUUAUUUUACAUAUUAUUAAUGACUUCUGAAGGCUAACUAGUAAUCUGUCAUCAGAACUUGGUGCUUUUGGUUACGUGAAUAAACCACCAAAGAUUUUGCACUUCCCAGAGCAAUCAGCUAAAGGAAAAAGCACUUGGGAGAUCCCAAAUCUGACAAUUUUGUGAGACAAUCUUUUGAGAUAUGAGAAUAGCCCAAUUCUCUUAUCUCUGGAAGUGUGUUAUGUACCAGUAAAGGUAUUUCACCCUGUAAAGAGUUUGAGAUGGAACUUUUUGCUUUACAAUGUCAUUGUUGUCAAGUGAAGAUUUAAAGGAACUAUGGUAUAAAGAUGUUCUUAUCUUACUUUACUAUUCUCUGGUGCAUUUAAAUAUAAAAAAUGUAAAGGCUGGCUUCACAAUUUGGCUAGCAAUUGUUAGAGCUCUUAGAUUACCCUCAAGGUAUAUACUGUAAAGCUGAUGGAAACUCACAGAUCUUAAUUUUUCUUGGUUUUUAUAGACAAAAUGAAGAAAUUCAUGGCCAUAUAUUUGGAUAAUACAAGAAGUAAUCAUUGUAAUUGACUGAUUAAAAUGAAAUUUUCUAGUAUUCCAGAACCCAGCUUGACUAUAGAAAAAACUCAUAGGCUUACAAUGAAUUCUGCAUGUGGCCAUGAGUUUAUCUCCAAAUUAGAACUGAGGAUGGCACUUUUGUACUAGCAGCAAGGUAAGGUUGACUCGAGGAUUUCUAUUGAUAAAUAUCUAAUAAAAUUAUGCAUAAUUUUUAUUGCAGAAAGUUGUAUUUCAACAGCAUCAAUAAGAAUACAUUGUGAAAAACUUU